CUGCGCCUGCACCGCGCCCUGCGCUGGCUGCAGCUCUUCCUGGAGGGGCUGCGCUCGGCUGGGCACGACUCGCGACCCUCCACCCUCUGCACCGAGGCCUACAACGCCUCCCUGGCCGCACACCACCCCUGGGUGGUCCGCAAAGCAGCCACCCUGGCCUUCUGUGCACUGCCCUCCCGGGAUGCCUUCCUGGAGAUCAUGAACGUGGGAACUCCCGAGGAGGCUGUGGCUAUGCUGGGAGAGGCUAUUCCCAAUCUGAUGGUUUCACAAAGCUGA